AUGGCUCCGCGGCGCUCCCCCCGGCUCCGUGCCUCGGGCUCCUCCUCAGGCUCCUCCUCCGGCCCCGCUCCGGGCUCGGCCCCGCGGGGCAGCGGCUCCCCCAGCUCCCCGCACAGCCCGGAAUUCCCGGACGAUUCCGACUCCGGCAGCGACUUCGAGGCCUCUCUGCGGCCCCGGAGCAAGCGGGGCCCGCCCCGAGCAGCCCCCAGGAACCGCGCCCCGAAGCGCUCCCGCCUCUCCCGCGGGGCUGGGCGGGACCCGGAGCCGAAUUCCCCGGAGCAGAAUUCCCUGUUCGAGGCCGUGUUUUCGGGAAAAGUGGCCACGGAGACGCUGGUGGAUGAGUGGCUGGAGUGGUACCCGGCGGGACAGGGAGGCCGCGUUCCUGGAGCUGCUCAACUUCACCGUGCGCUCCUGCGGCUGCAGGGGCGUGGUGACCCCAGAGAUGUUCCGGAGCUGCAGAACUCCGAGAUCAUCCGGAGGCUCACGGAGACCUUCCAGGAGGACUCCCCAGAGUACCCCCUGUCCAUGAGCACCCCCGAGUGGCGCCGGUUCCGUGACUCCCCAGACUAUCCAUUGUCCAUGAGCACCCCCGAGUGGCGCCGGUUCCGUGUGGGAUUUUCAGAGCUGCUGGCAGUGCUGGUGCUGCGGGGGCAGCACCGGGAGCUGCAGGACGGGUUCCUCAUGGACUCCCUGCUCUCGUUCCUCACCGGCCUGGCCGACUCCCAGGUGCGGCCCUUCCGCCACACCGGCACCCUGGCAGCCCUGAAGCUGAUGAGCUCGCUGGUGGAGGUGGCGCUGGGCGUGGGGCAAGCAGCAGGAGAACUGUCAGCGCCAGUUUGGGGCAGAAAAGGGAAAAGAGCCCGGCCGGAGGGGCAGCGAGCGCCUCGAGGCACUCAGGGACAGACAGCUGCAGGUGGGGCUGAAAUGGGCUGA